UAGCGGGUAGGGGGAGAAAUCGCGUGUCCGCUACCCAAUGACAGUGCAGGAUGCUGAGACCGGUGUGAAUGGAGGCUGGAAGACGCCACUGUCUCUUGAUGGUGAUGGAGAGGAACUAAUGGUAGAAAAAGAUCUGUCGAUGUCGAGGUCCUUCACCCACACAGGCAUGCAGUGAGCCGCCCAUGUGUGUUACAGAGUGAGGGUGCACUGUGAUCGUCGCAGCGUGCCCCUGGUAAGGACCCCGUGGCAAGUGUCCGGCCGGCCCAGGCCACACCUCCCACACCCAGGACAUGUACGGUAGCGCCAGAGCGGUCGGCCACAUCGAGAGCAGCCCUGCACGGUCCCCGCGCCUGCCUAGGUCCCCCAGGCUGGGCCACCGGAGGGCCAACAGUGGGGGCGGGGGCGGUGGAGGGGGUAAGACGCUCUCCAUGGAGAACAUCCAGUCACUGAACGCUGCCUACGCCACAUCCGGGCCCAUGUACCUAAGCGACCACGAGGGAGUGGGCUCAACCGCCACCUACCCUAAGGGCACCAUGACUCUGGGGCGAGCCUCCAACCGGGCCAUGUACGGGGGCCGCGUCACGGCCAUGGGCAGCAGCCCCAACAUCGCCUCGGUGGGGCUGGGCCACCACGCAGACCUGCUGUCCUACAGCGACCUGGGCUCCCUGUCCAUGCUGCAGCACCACCACCACCACCCUCAGGGGGUGCCGUCGGCCCUGUUGCGGCAGGCUGUGCGAGGCAGUGGGGGGGAACUCCUGGAGAUGCAGGCCACACUCCGGGACAUGCAGCGGGAGAACGACCUGCUGAGGAGAGAGCUGGACCUGAAGGACAGCAAGCUGGGCUCGUCCACCAACAGCAUCAAGAGCUUCUGGAGCCCCGAGCUGAAGAAGGAGAGGAUGAUACGCAAGGAGGAGGCGGCGCGCACCUCCGUCCUCAAGGAGCAGAUGAGGGUGACUCACGAGGAGAACCAGCACCUGCAGCUGACCAUCCAGGCCCUACAGGACGAGCUGCGGACCCAAAGGGACCUGAACCACCUACUGCAGCAGGAGAGCGGCGGCCGCUCUGGGGACCACUACACCAACAUCGAGCUGACCGAGGAGAACUUCAGACGGCUACAAGCCGAGCACGACCGCCAGGCCAAGGAGCUGUUCCUCCUGAGGAAGACCUUGGAGGAGAUGGAGCUGCGGAUCGAGACCCAGAAGCAGACACUGGGGGCCAGGGACGAGUCCAUCAAGAAGCUGCUGGAAAUGCUCCAGAGUAAGGGUCUGCCUGGGGGGCCAGGCAGGGUCAACGAGGAGGAGGAGCAGGAGAGAGCCAGGCGCAUUGCUGAGGCCGAGGCUCAACUUGGACACCUGGAGGUCAUCUUGGACCAGAAGGAGAAGGAGAACAUCCACCUCCGAGAGGUGUUCUCCCAGGAACUGCACAGGAGAAACCAGAUGCACCAGGACCCUGGAAAAACCAAAGCCCUCCAGACCAUCAUAGAGAUGAAGGACACCAAGAUAGCAUCUCUGGAGCGCAACAUCAGGGACCUGGAGGAUGAGAUCCAGAUACUGAAGGCUAACGGCUUGCUGAACACCGAGGACAGAGAGGAGGAGAUCAAACAGAUGGAGGUCUACAAGAACCACUCCAAGUUCAUGAAGACCAAGAUUGACCAGCUGAAGCAGGAGCUGUCUAAGAAGGAGUCUGAGCUGCUGGCCCUCCAGACCAAGCUGGAGACCCUGAACAACCAGAACUCGGACUGCAAACAGCACAUAGAGGUGCUCAAAGAGUCCCUCACUGCCAAGGAGCAGCGCGCCGCCAUUCUGCAGACAGAGGUGGACGCCCUGCGCCUGCGUCUGGAGGAGAAGGAGUCCUUCCUGAACAAGAAGACCAAGCAGCUGCAGGACCUGACGGAGGAGAAGGGCACGCUGGCCGGAGAGAUCCGUGACAUGAAGGACAUGCUGGAGGUCAAGGAGAGGAAGAUCAACGUCCUGCAGAAGAAGAUUGAGAAUCUGCAGGAGCAGCUGCGUGAUAAGGACAAGCAGUUGGGGAACCUGAAGGACAGGGUGAAGUCCCUACAGACUGACUCCAGUAACACUGACACGGCCCUGGCCACCCUGGAGGAGGCACUCUCUGAAAAGGAGCGUAUUAUAGAGAGACUGAAGGAGCAGAGAGCGAGGGAGGACAACGAGAGGAUGGAUGAAGUGGAGUCUUAUAAAAAGGAGAACAAGGACCUCAAGGAGAAGGUCAACACUCUGCAGCUGGAAUUAACAGAGAAGGAGUCCAGUCUCAUUGACUUAAAGGAGCACGCCACAUCCCUGGCCUCCUCCAGCCUGAAGAAGGAGUCCAAGCUCAAGUCUCUGGAGAUGGCCAUCGAGCAGAAGAAAGAGGAGUGUAGUAAGUUGGAGACACAGUUACAGAAGCAAGCAGAGCAGCUGUUCAGUCAGAUGAACAACCCUAAGGCCCACGAGGUCCACGAGGUCCAACAGCAGCAGCAGAUGGCGGGGCUGGGCUCCAGGGGGAACCCAGACUACGUGGAGCGGGAACAGCGGGUAAAGCUCCUGGAGAAGGAAGUGUCCUACUACAAGGAGGAGUCUGGCAAGGCCCAGGCGGAGGUGGAGAGGCUACUAACCAUCCUCCGAGAGGUAGAGAGCGAGAAGAACGACAAGGACAAGAAGAUCGCCGAGCUGGAGAGCCUAGCACCCAGGCAGGCCAAGGAGCAAGUUACUAAGAAGGGGGGUCCCAACCUCAAACUAGGCCCCCAAGGGGACAAGAAGCCUGGUCAGAUAUUGGGGGAUCCUCGAAAGGACAACACCAUGGACUCAGGACAGCAUGUAAAGCUGGAGGAGAUGAUGAACACCUUGGAGAGGACCAGACAGGAGCUGGACGCUACCAAGCAGCGCCUCUCGUCUACCCAGCAGUCCCUGCAGGAGAGAGACGGUCACCUGACAAACAUGAGGCAGGAGCGCAGGAAACAGUUGGAGGAGAUCCUGGAAAUGAAGCAACAGGCCCUGUUGGCAGCUAUCAGUGAGAAGGACGCUAACAUUGCUCUGCUAGAGCUGUCUGCCUCUGGGAAGAAGAAGACCCAGGAAGAGGUUUUGGCUCUGAAGAGGGAGAAGGACAGACUGAUGCACCAACUCAAACAGCAGACACAGAGCAGGAUGAAGCUGAUUUCUGACAACUAUGAAGACGACCACUACCACCCCCAUCCUCCUCACCACACCCAACCCCAGCAACCCCACCCGGGCCCCCAGGCUCAGCUCCCCCAGCCACAGUAUCAGCACCCUCCUAACCCCCAACAGCAGCAACAGCCUCCAUACCCCCAUGCCCCACACUCCCAGCACCCCCAGCCCCCACCCCAACAACACCCGCACCCCCAGCAGCCUCAACAGCAGUACCCCCUCAUCCACAGCAGCAUCCACAGGGGCAUCCCCAACAGCCUCCGCCUCAGCACCAACAACACCAACCACGGCCCCAGCACCCGCAGCAAGCGCAGCACCCACACCCACAACAACAACACGCCCACCCAGGACAGCACCCCCAUGGGCCUCCAACACAGCAGCAGCACCCCCACCUACAACAGCACCCCCAACAGCACCCACAACAGCAUCCACAGCAGCACCCCCACGGCCCCCUCUGCAAGCCCCCACCCCCAGCACCCACAUCCCCAGCAGCACCCCCACCACCCUCCACACGCUCCGCAACAGCACGGCGGGCACCCCCGCCACCCGCCUCCACACCACCGCGGAGGACCAGGGCCUGCCAGAGGACCCCCCCAUGCCGGCCAUCGCCCCUCCCCCGACCAGGAUGACGAGGAGGGCAUUUGGGCGUAAUCGUGUCCAUGACAACCAAAGCUCUGACGUUCGGAGGGGUGAUUCAGUUACUAUUGGAGGAGCACAGCCAUUCCAUGAUGCAGAAAUACAUUGACUACCUACCAACCUUUUGUUACCACCAUAUAAUCCACACUUCAAUGGGGCCUUUAUUUUUAUUUUUUGAUGAGGAGGAGGAGGAGGAGGAAGAGGAGGGAUGAAGCAGGUGGGAGGGCCAGAUGAGGAGACUGAUAGUUGAGGUGACUGAAGAGCCAUCAUGUGAAGAGGGGAAGCUACAGCUCUAAAAGAGUGACUCUGGGGAGGAGGAGUCUUCCUGCAGACACAUAGGUGUUGUGAAGUUAGACUGGGUUGGACAGACUGGGUCCCACUCAGACAGACAGACAGACAGACAGACAGACAGACAGACAGACAGACAGACAGACAGACAGACAGACAGACAGACAGACAGACAGACAGACAGACAGACAGACAGACAGACAGACAGACAGACAGACAGACAGACAGACAGACAGACAGACAGACAGACAGAUAUCUGAGCUGUCUGGUCUCAGCUCCGUGGUUCUGCUCACACAGCCAAACUCACACAGCCACUCUGGUAUAGUUGUCAAGUUGCUCAGCUAACCUGUCUGUCACCUGACGUCCCUACAGAGCCCCACCCACUCUCAUAAGACUAGCUGUACUCUUCACCCACCUGGCUAAGAUCUAACGACUGGCUCUGCCCUGUUUACAUGAGGUGCGUUCAGUUCAAUUGAACAUUUGCUACGUUGCGGAACGGUUUGUACUGAACAAAACGUUUCCCCAAAACAUUCUUGUACGUUCUUGAACAGACUUCUAGGUACGUUUCCUCCCGUUUGGGUGGGUGUGGCUUGAAGCAAUGAGUGACGUAUUUAAUGGGCAGUGGCCAUGCUGACAGCAGUCAUUCAGUACAGCACUGUUUCUGUUCAAUGGAACGUUCCAGAACGUAAAAAUGUACUGAACCCAGUCCUGGCUUGCUCCCCCGUUCUCACCAACCUGCAUCUAAUUGGUCCACUCUCCUGUCUCCGCCUGCUUUGUUUACCUGAGCUUUUCACCUGAUUAGUUCCUCUGUAUCAACAGUCCUUUCUCUGAUUGGUUCACCUGACUGGCUCCACCCUGUUUACCUGAUUUUCCCCACCCUGCUGACCCCCGGCUGACUAUGAUUGGCUCCCCUGCCUGGCAGGCUCCACCCUACUGACAGUCUACCACAGCAGCUUCACAGUGCUUCUUUUACUAUGUUGUGUUUAGUUGUUUUCUCUUUGUCAGAGAUAGCCUGCUCUCUUUCCGCAUAUUUAAUGAAGUGCCGUACAGUUACAGCUUUAGUUCACAUUUGCAUUAACAGCUAACCUACUUCAGAGGAAGUUCCUUUGCUGUGUCUCUAAAAGUGAUGUUGUGCUACUUAUUUUCAUUUUAUUUUUAUCUGUUGAGUGUGUUUCAUUUGCAGUGCUAGACCAUGGCUAUGAGUGCUUUGUGCAAAGUGAAUCAUAACAAGGAAGAGCUCUUAUCUGAACAAAACAGCCACUAGAGCUCUAAUCUGACCAAUGGGCAGCCACGGUCCUUGCCUCGACUACUGAAGGUUUCCUUGUGCUGUUAAAAUGUGGAGUCUGGCAUGGCCUUAUGGGCAGGGCCCUGUCCUGGGGGUGUCGCAGGGACUUUGGGCUUAGGGCUGCAAUCUGUGUAUCUCUCCUGUUACCUCAGUUGAACCAGAUGCAGUCAGAACUCCAAUCUAUGCAGACGUCAGAACUAAUAAUGCCACUUUGAAUCCAGUCAUAAGUCAAGGGCACCAAUCAAAAAGUGUUUAGAUGUAUUAAAGCAGCAUGAGUACCAAUCAGAGUGGUCUAUUCAGAACAUACACCAAUCAGAUUCCGUUGUUAUAAUGUGUUUCUCAGCGUGAUAUGCACCUAUGCACCUCCUCCUCCCCUGUUGCAGGGAUACUUCUAAUGGUGCUUUUAGAUCACUGGUGCUCACACAACAUGGUGUCCAACCAGAGAAACAGCUGAGAGACAUGGCCAUUGGACAUUGUGCAUCCAUGUCAUUCAAUAGGGAGUUGAUCCCAAAACCUGAUGUGCUUAUAAACUGUAGAAGACUGUGUUGUACAUAGAAUCAGCUGGAGAGACUCUGAGGAAAUGGUGCAAGGAGGCUAUAGAUUUUAUAUGUUUGAUGCCAUCCAUGGACACCCAUGAGAUUUCCUGCCAUACCUUUACAGCCGUCUCUCCUGCUCAUUGACUGCCUCCUUCCUCCUCCUCAUCUUCUUCAUCUCCCCUUUCUUCUUCUCUUUCAGCAGUCUGUGCUAACCCAAAUCCAAACCUAGUGACUCGUUUUGUCCUUCUCAACAAGGUGGCCUGUGCCUCGUUCAUAUCGUA